UGCCAGCACUGCUUUGUAGGCAUGUGGAUUUUGUCUUACACCCCGUAAAUAAUAAUACAUUUACAGUUUACAACGUUUUGUUAAUAUUUUUAAUUAGGUCAAAUAAACUAUAGGAGUGUUUAUGUGAUUUUUUAUUUUUUUAUUAUUGAAUUCUUUUAUUCUAAUAAAACAGUGAUACUAGCAUCUAGAACUUUAUUUUACUUUAGUUUUAUGAAGAUAAUAGAACUAAUAGAACCUGAGCAUUAACCCCAAAGACAUUAAACCCGUGCUAGAGUUCAAUUUCCUGGUGGGGCUAGAUUCAGUUGGCUGGAGACAAGGAAAUGUUAGCUUCCGUAUGCUUGACAGAAUGACUUGCCGGUGGCAGGACCAAGUGGUCUAUCGUUUGUGGUCGCGACAGUAUCAUGUCUUUCCAAAUCCCUUGCCUGCUGUUUCUUGUGGUUUUAUUCUUUGUCAAGACGGAGGGAUCUAAAGGAUCAUGCAAUAAUACCACACAUAUUUUUAAUAAAGAGCUGAAUAUCUGCUGCAAGAAGUGUGAACCUGGGUUUCAUAAAAAAUCUGAAUGCUCCCCGGGGAAUGAUACGGUCUGUGAGCCUUGUCCCAAUGGAAAAUGGUCAGGGUACAACUACCACAAUAACUGCUUCAGAUGCACAGCGUGUGAAAAAAAAGGCUUGAAAUAUGCUCAGAAAUGCUCAGCAACCAGGGAUGCAAAGUGUACUUGUCCGCCUGAACGGUACUGCUCCAUGGGAUACGAAGAGCCGUAUUGCUCAGGACAGUGCAGAUCAUAUACACUCUGCCCACCAGGUCAUGGCGUUGUCAAAGCAGGAACGGCCCGUUCAAAUGUGAAGUGUGAUCCCUGUCCACCUGGAACUUUCUCUGAUCAGAUGUCCGCCACCCAGAAGUGCCAAGCCAACUCAACUGUGCGUCCUGUCCCUACUGACCGGGUGGAUCCUAGCUCAGCAACCACACAAAAGCCCACCACACAAGGCAUAACCCUGAGCCCUCCAAUGAACAUGCGAGCCAGCGACAUCACACCCUCUGCUUUGUGCGUGUCCUCUUCCACGCCGACAGGACCACAAAGUGUAAUCUCAGUGCCCUCUAAUGGUGCCUCACACCCCUCUGAUCUGACAGCUCCUUUGGUGUGUUUCGGAGCUUUUGUGAUCGCUGCUGCCGGCCUGCUUUGCUUUUUCUAUCUCAGAAAGAGAAAUGGUUCACCUGAAAAGGAAACUAAAGUUGAAAAUGGCUAUCUGAAAGUUGGCCUCACUUCUUCGCCCAGCCAUCCAGAGUGCCAGCUCCUCCUGAACCGCAGUGGCCCAGCUGGCCCCUGUGUCUCCUCGUCAGAAAAACAAACCAGGUCCGGGCCCUCAACCGGGCCCAAACCCAGCCCUGCUGGUGGUUCCAGCUGCUAUGUAAACCAGGACGACAUCCGCGUGGAGCUUCCCCAGUCUCCCACCGUUCACCAGGUCGUCAAUCUCAACCUCAGCAUCGUGGCUUCGGCCUCUGCAGCUCCUCUCGUCCCCUCUGGCUCCAGCACACCCCGGCCCAACGGGCGGCCUCCCGAGAUGGACACUGAGCUGCCCUUGUCCCAGGAGGAAGUGGACGUCUCCUCUUGCCAAACUGAGCAAGGCAAGGAGGCUCACACCGCGGUCCCGGAGACUGGGGAGUUUGUGUGCUAAUGAGACUGGAGGGAGGUUGAGGCCUGUACUUGGACAUGGUGCUCAGUGCCCCAAAGACUCAAGAGUGAGGGAGGAAAGUGUGUCUCCCCGUGAGGGAAUCUGAGGGAGGCGCAGUGAGAUGGUGCUCUAACACACAUUCCUCUGAUAGGAGCUUACUCUGACAUAGGUCUGGCCCAGGGCUACGCCUAGUCAGGGCCAGACACGUUCCAUAGUAUGCACAUCUGAGAGUUAAGGGCAUUAUUGUAAUGUACAUUUUAGAUUUGAUGUUUUGUCAUAUCUGACAAAUUAAUGUUGCCAUCAGUGAUGGCUACUCAUCAAAUAUCUGUUGUACAUUUGGAAAACUACAUUAUGGUUACCUUAACUUAACUGGUUGUCUUUUAACCAAUACAGACAUUUUGAACAGGACUGUGGUGCCACCUACUGGUCAAACUAUGCUACUACUAUAUAAUGCAAUAAAUGAGGAGUUGGGUUCCAAAACGCUAUAUCUCCAUUUUUAAAAACAUUAAAAAGUCAUGUUAUUUAAUUGUUUAUAUCAGGUAAUAUCAAUUACAUUGCAGUUGUGUUGUUUUGAUUGAGUAAAGAUAAAUCAAAUAGCAAUACCCAAUUACGGUUCAUCUGAAAUUACUUGGAAAACCAAACUCUUCACUCUUUUGGAACCAAACUCUUCAAAUAUAGAAUACAAAUAAUAAAUUCCUCUAUUACCAGCCACCACACACUUUCAUUUCUGAAUGUAGAUGUAAUGUUUUAACCAUGCACUGACAAAAGCUUUCCUUGCCACGGCUAUGUAAAGUCGUUUCUCAGUAUUCCAGGCAGAUGAGCACAUUAGCUUGGAAUUCCAUUUUGUAUAGGCAUCACCAGUGAUCAAAAAUGAUGUGCUUGCUUUGCAUUAAAAGCCUUUUUAAAUAGGUGUAAAUGAGCAUGGAUGGGUUAUGCGGUUCUCAUCAAUUAAGCUGGACCUCUAGUAUGAAUGGAUUCACAGCUGUUUCACAGAAAUAACUGAACUUUUGAUGCUGAAGACUUUUUGAUAUUGUGUCAUUUUUUAUGAAUUUGUUCUAUUUUGCACUUUAGUUAUGAUGACAAUGACAAUGUUUGAAUGUCUGUACUGACCAAUAUUAUAUGUCAUCUUUGUCCAUAUUUGUUAUAUUUUUGUACAAGUAAAUAUAAACGAUGUAUUAAGUUUGA